GUGAACAGCAGUGGCGGCCCAGCCCCACUUGUCUUUCUCUUUGAAAUAAUGCAAAGGUUGUUGAAAACUGAAGCCUCCGAGGAGCAGCAGAAGCUAGAAGCUUCCGACCGUUGCUUCGCCCUCUAGAACUUGACUUCUCCAUCGGCCGCUCAGGAAGACUUCUUCGAUGCCUUGAGCUUGAAUUUCAGAAAUCGGAAUCGAUUUGAGCAGGCAAAGAAAGAGAUGACAAUGGAAAGAUCGAACACGACGGGAAGCAGCGGCGGAAGCACAACCAGUAGUGGCAAUAACAGCGGCGCAGUAGUGGUGUCGAUCGAGUGCCUGGGAGGCAGCUCCAAGGCGGACGAGUGGUCCGCUGACAUGCUGCAGACUGGAGACAUCGUGGAGGAGCUCCGGAUAGGGAACGGCUACUUGUCGGUGACAUCGCCGUUCAAGAAUGGCAGGGCCGGAGUCCAGAAAGUUCUUCACAGCUCUUUCAAGGCCAAACAGACGUCCAUUCUCGUCCGGGUCCGCCGCGGCCACCACGACUUCGCCGAGUUGCAGGCCUGCAUCGUCCCGAACGACGCCGCCGGCAAGAAACAAUCGUAUAUGCUCCGGUCCAUCCACGAUCCUAACUACGCCGUCGGAUUCUUAGAUCGGACGGAAGGCGAGUGCCUCGCCUUGCAAGAUUCAAGGGCAUCCAGAAUAGUCAAUGCAUUAGCCAGGGCUGAACUUCAAGAUGGUUAUGUUGGGUAUCCUUGGGAGAGGAGAAUGCAAGAAUUGCUACCAGUUCCCAAUUCAAGUUGUUUUCUUUCUAUGCUUCUCCUUCCAAAGGCUUCAGACAUAAGUGCUUCUCGCUACCAUGAUUUGGAAGACACCCUCGCUAGAGCAAAUGCAUGGCUUAGUGCCUCUCAGGCAUCAGGGGUCCCGAUUGUUUUUAUGAACAUUCAAACAGAACCCCUGCUUACAAAGAUAUCAGGGGAGACAGCUUCUUCUACUGUAAAUGCUGGGUCAUUGUCUGAUCUGUCAAAUCUUGCAAAUACAAGCCUAUAUGGUUUCGAGGAUUACCAUGGGGUUGACAUUGGAGUAGUCAGAGCAGUUCGCCUUUGGUAUUCUCCUCUUGGAGGAGAGGUUUCUGUAGAGAUUAAACUAAAAGAAACUGACACAAAGCUUGGUUUUGCCAUUAGUCGCACAGAAGAGGGAUUCAUUUACAUUUCCUCAGUUAUAGACGGGGAUGAUAAUGCACCUUCAAGACGAUCGGGACUCAGCAAUAUGUACAAGGAGGCAAAAAAAGAAAAUAAGCGACUAGUGGUUUCAAGAGUGUCCAACCAGAAGGUGCUUCCAUGGAUAGUUUCUCCAACAGGAGCUGUCCGGUGCUUCGACACCGUCUCACUCAGCCAAAAGCUCUCGCUGCACCGGCAUGCCAAAGUACCUAUUGUCCUUCAUGUACUCUUAUGGGACCGCGCAUUUGCUUCUACUAUUGCAGCCACCCCCAGGCUCAGGACGACUCCACCGGUGUUGCCAUUGCCAACUGAAAUUCACUUGACACGCCCUCCAAACGAGAACCAGAUAUCACCCUUGCCGCCUGAAGGUCCCAGUGGGAGUGGAGCCCUCAGUGAUAGGCCUGAGAACAGGCUUGAUAGAGAUACUGCCGGAGAAUUCUCCUUUCGGUUCCAUGAUUUCUCACUGCCAAAAAAUUGGGUCUGAUUUCUUUGGUCUUAGUUUCAUCUUGGCUUAUCUUGGUUGAUGCAUGUAUAUAGACAAAGUUACAUAGUUAUGUAUAAUCGUGUUCAGUCACUCACCAGUAGCUCGAUAUACAAAAUAUAGGUAUGGCUCAAUUUUGUGUAUGAAGAAUACGAGGUGUGGCCUUAUCAUGAGAUGUGGAUAUUGCAAAAAGUAAGAAUGCUACUCUGAUUGCUAAUUGAAAAAUUAUUCUCUAUCUUGAUUAGGUUGAUAA